CUCAAGUUCAUAGAAGCGCGUUAAGUGCCUACAUUUAACUACUUUUAAGUUUUCAUGCAUCUCCCCUUUUAAUAUAUAUCAAGGCAGCUAGUUCAGCAGGACCUCGCACGGGUCUUCAUUGGCGUCAUAUAAUUUUACAUGCUGCUUAUUACCAAUAGGUCUUGCGCCGAAAGCUUAUUGGAUAGGUCAAAAUGGAGGAUGACUGGACGAUUAAUGCCAACGAGGCGCUCACCAUGUCGCUCGUGCGACCUUCCCCGUCAGGAAUCGAAAAGAUCGCGUCUUUCAAACCGAGACAUACUUACGCCGUCUUUGGCGAGGAGGAGUGCAUAUUCGGACACAAGGGCUUAAGGAUUGAUUUGCAGUUUGAUGCGAGGGACCUGCGACCGAACCUCUCAGUAAUCUCAGCGAAAAAGUUCACUAAGGUUGGCGACAUUGAGGCUGCUGAUGUUAAGCUUACUAUGAAAGGCUAUUUACCUGAGAUCGCAUACCAAUCAAAGGAAGCAUACGACUACGCUGUGAAUACCCUCCCGGCUACAUGGACCCCUCCUGGAACCCUGACCAAGACUAUAGAGAAGAAUGGUGAGAUCUACGAAAUUUGGCAGGGAACCUUAUCUCAACCCGAGAUUCACCAGCUAGUCAAGCGCAUCCAAAUCACCGUUCUAUUCUAUAUCGAAGGCGGAUCCUAUGUGGGGGUAGAUGAGGAGGGAAACGAUGAGCCAGAAUAUUCCCUGGCUAGAUGGACCGUUUUCUUUGUUUACAAGAAGACACCUAGCCCCAUAGCUGAGGGCAAUCCCCAGUAUACUUUCCAGGGUUAUGCAACAACCUACAACUUCUGGAUGUACCAACAACCCACGCCCCCAUCUUCACCAGGCAAUGAGAAAGUGGACAGCUCGUGGGAGCUUCCCAAGGGUGACUUUCCUGUUGCCGACUUUGUUCAUCGCAUGAGAAUUUCGCAGUUCUUGAUCCUUCCCCCUUUUCAGGGGAAAGGUAUUGGGGCUUUCCUCUACAACACUAUGUUUGAGAUAGCGACGAAUACUGCUGCGACGAAAGAGGUGACGGUAGAGGACCCUAACGAGGAUUUUGAUCUACUGCGAGAUUUAUGUGAUAUGAAAUAUCUACGCAAGAACGUGCCCGAAUUUGCCAACUUAACUAUUAAUACUGACGUACCAGUUCCCGCAAAAGGCGGCAUAUUGCGCAAUAACACGCAAAUAACUCCCUCUAUUCGCGAAAGCUCAUCAAUUGGUGGAAUUGUUGACAUUGCAAAGCUCGAGGAUCUCCGAAUCAAGACUAAAAUUGCACCCCGCCAAUUUUGGCGUCUCGUCGAAAUGCACCUCAUGUCGAAAUUACCCGACUCUGUCCGACCUCGAGCAGAUGCCGAAACUAAGAAACCGUCCCCAUCAAAAACCGACAAGCAUGCCUACACGCUGUGGCGUUUACUUCUCAAGCAACGUCUAUAUCGUCGCAACGUCUCUAUCCUGGGCGAAUUUGAGAUCACAGAGCGAAUCAUCAAGUUGAACGAAACCGUGGACAAUGUGGAAUGGGAAUAUGCUAGGAUUCUCGACCGGCUUGAGUCGACGCCGCCUGCUAUCACCAGCGAGCCUGUAGCUACUAAUGGUAAAAGGAGACUUGCCGGUGGCCCCAGUACAGAAAACCUUCCCAGCAAGAAGGCACGUGUCGACGAAGCGGAGGAAGAAACGGAGGAAGAAGAAGAAACGGAGGAAGAAGAAGAAGAGGAGGAAGAAGCGGAGGAAGAAUAGGAGUAAUAAAUUCUAAUGUUUUGCUAAUAAGGAGGUCCGUGGUGCUAAUACAGUAAGGAGUUUUGGGGGGUCUCAUGAUACCUACGUUAUGCGUAUAUUUUAGGGAGAUUUCAUAUUCUCUAUCGUCAAGGACUGGUCAAUAUCUAUAUCUCGAUCAUGGUCUUGAUCUAUGGGCACGUAGCAGAUGCUUGUAACAUAAGUAAAAGGGGA